AUGAGGAAGCAGGAGUUGCGCCCGGGCGGGGAGGCUGGCCAGGGCCACGCCGCCAGCUCCCCAGCCGAGCAGGUGAAAGCCCUGGUGGACCUGCUGGCCGGGAAAGGCGGUCAAGGCUCCCAGGCCCCGCAGCCCCUCAACAGGACGCCAGAAUGCCCGCUGAAGCCCCAUGGCAAUGACUUGAGGAUACAGAGGCACCGGGAGGCCCUGCUGAGCAGGACCGGGGGCGGCCCUGAGCUGGGCAGCCCCUCCCCAAGGCUGACCAGCCUCCUGCUGGUGGAGGGCCUGACGGACCUGCAGCUGAGGGAGCACGACUUCACGCAGGUGGAGGCCACGCGCGGGGGCUGGUGCUCGGCCAAGACCAUCGCCCUGGACAGGCUCUUCCUGCCCCUGUCGCGGGUAUCCAUCCCCCCCCGCAUCUCCAUCACCAUCGGGGUGGCCGGGGUGGGCAAGACCACCCUGGUGAGGAACUUUGUCCACCUCUGGGCCCGGGGGCAGGUGGGCAAGGACUUCUCAUUGGUACUGCCCCUGACCUUCCGGGAUCUCAACACCCACGAGAAGCUGUCUGCAGACAGACUCCUCCGCUCCGUCUUCCCGCACGCUGGGGAGGCGGGCCUGGCAUCAGAGGCGCUGAGCAAAGCCCUCUUGGUUCUGGAUGGCCUGGACGAGUGUAAGACGCCCCUGGACUUCUCCAACACCGUGGCCUGCACGGACCCCAAGAAGGAGAUCCAAGUGGACCACCUGAUCACCAACAUCAUCCGGGGCAACCUCUUCCCAGAAGUGUCUGUCUGGAUCACCUCCCGUCCCGGCGCAGCUGGCCAGAUUCCAGGGGGCCUGGUGGACCGGAUGACCGAGAUCCGGGGCUUCAGUGAAGAGGAGAUCAAGACCUGUCUGGAGCAGAUGUUCCCCGAGGACCCUGUCCUCACGGGCUGGGUCCUGAGCCAGGUGCAGGCUGACCGGGCCCUGUACCUCAUGUGCACCGUCCCGGCCUUCUGCCGGCUGGCGGGGGCAGCGCUGGGCCACCUGCAUCGCCACAGGCCGGGGCCCCCAGACGCUGAGCUGUGGCCCCCGAGGACCUUGUGUGAGCUCUACUCGUGGUACUUCAGGAUGGCCCUGGGCGGAGAGGGGCAGGAGAAGGCCAAGGCGAGCCCCCGUAUUGAGCAGCUGGCUCACAGCGGCCGCAAGCUGGUGGGCACGCUGGGCCGGCUGGCCUUCCAUGGGCUGGUCAGGAAGAAGUACGUGUUCUACGAGCCCGACCUGAAGGUGCUGGGCGUGGACCUCGCGCUGCUACAGACAGCCCUGUGCAGCCGCUUCCUGCAGCGGGAGGAGACGCUGGCCUCCGCGGCCGCCUACUGCUUCACCCACCUGUCCCUGCAGGAGUUCGUGGCGGCCGCGUACUACUGCAGCGCCUCCAAGAGGGCCAUCUUCGACCUCUUCACCGAGGGCAGCGUGUCCUGGCCCCGGCUGGGCUUCCUCACUCACUUCCGGAGUGCGGCCCAGCGGGCCAUGCAGGCCGAGGACGGGCGGCUCGACAUCUUCCUGCGAUUCCUCUCAGGCCUCUUGUCCCCGAGGGUCAACGCGCUGCUGGCCGGCUCCCUGCUGACCCAGGGCGAGCACCAGGGCUACCGGGCCCAGGUGGCCGAGCUCCUGCAGGGCUGUCUGCGCCCCGACGUGGCAGUCUGCGCCCGGGCCGUCAACGUCCUGCACUGCCUGCGCGAGCUGCAGCACAUCGAGCUGGCCCGCAGCGUGGAGGGGGCCGUGGCCAGCGGGGGCCUGGCCAGGCUGACCAGCCCCCCGCACCGCGCCGCCCUGGCCUACCUCCUGCAGGUGUCCGACGUCUGCGCCCCGGAGGCCCCCCUGCCCCUGCGCCUCGGCCCAGGCGUCCUCCAGAGCCUGCUGCCCCAGCUGCUCUACUGCCGGAGCCUGAGGCUGGACACCAACCAGUUCCAGGACCCCGUGAUGGACCUGCUGGGCAGCGUGCUGAGUGGGAAAGACUGCCGCAUCCAGAGGAUCAGCUUGGCUGAGAACCAGAUCAGUAACAAAGGGGCCAAAGCUCUGGCCAGAUCCCUCCUCGUCAACAGAAGCCUGACCACUCUGGAUCUCCGCAGUAACUCCAUCGGCCCUCAAGGGGCCAAGGCACUGGCGGAUGCUCUGAAGAUUAACCGCACCCUGGCCUCUCUCAGCCUCCAGGGCAACAGGAUCAGGGACGACGGCGCCAGGUGUAUGGCUGAGGCCUUGGCCGCCAACCGGAUCCUCUGUGUGCUUCACCUGCAGAAGAACUCCAUCGGGCCAGUGGGAACCCAGCAGAUGGCAGAUGCCCUGAAGCAAAACAGGAGUCUGAAGGAGCUCAUGUUCUCCAGCAACAGCAUUGGCGAUGGAGGCGCCAAGGCCCUGGCAGAGGCCCUGAUGGUGAACCAGGGCCUGAAGAGCCUGGACCUGCAGAGCAACUCCAUCAGUGACCGGGGAGUAGCAGCGCUGAUGGGGGCCCUCUGCACCAACCAGACGCUCCUCAGCCUCAACCUUCGAGAAAAUUCCAUCAGCCCAGAGGGAGCCCAGGAUCUGGCGCUUGCUCUCCGCACCAACAGCACCCUGAAGAGUCUGGACCUGACAGCCAACCUACUCCACGACCAGGGCGCCCAGGCCAUCGCAGAGGCAGUGAGAGAAAACCGCGCCCUCACGUCCCUUCACCUGCAGUGGAACUUCAUCCAGGCCGGCGCUGCCAAGGCCCUGGGACAAGCACUACAGCUCAACACGAGCCUGACCAGCCUCGAUUUACAGGAGAACGCCAUCGGGGAUGAAGGUGCCUCUGCGUUGGCCAGCGCGCUGAAGGUCAACACAGCCCUCACUGCUCUCUAUCUCCAGGUGGCCUCCAUUGGUGCUCCGGGGGCCCAGGCACUCGGGGAGGCCCUGGCUAUGAACAGAACCUUGGAGAUUCUAGACUUAAGAGGAAACACCAUCGAGGUGGCUGGAGCCAAAGCCCUGGCGAAUGCGCUCAAGGUCAAUUCCAGUCUCCAGAGACUCAAUCUUCAAGAGAAUUCCUUGGGAAUGGAGGGGGCAAUAUGCGUUGCCACUGCACUGUCUGGAAACCACGGGCUCCGGCACAUCAAUCUCCAGGGAAACCACAUUGGAGAGUCUGGUGCCAGGAUGAUCUCGGAGGCUAUCAAGACAAAUGCUCCCUUGUGCACUGUGGAAAUGUGA